UGAAAAAUGGUAAUGCCAAUCCAUGAUUAUGAGGCUCAAAUGAGAUGAUGUAUGUAAAGUGAUCUGUAAACUUAGAGGCUUUAUAGAAAUGGUAGUUAUUUCUAAAUAGUCAUUAGCUCUGUGAUCUCAGGGAUAGUAGAACAGUUGCUUCAGCCCCUUCUUCAUUUCUGACUCUUGGGGGAUGGAGGAUGGGGGGAAGCAGGAAGGGACAAGGAUGAAGCCUGUGACUCAGAAGAACCCAUGUCUCAAAGACAGCUGAUAUGAGUCUAGCCUGUGACCUGUAGCUGGAAUGGCAGGGUAGGGCCCUUGCACUCCUCCCAACCCCUCCUUUUAGGGCAGGAGAAAGAUUAGGGGCAGGGACAAAGAACAACCUCCUUGGCCUUCUAAUUUAAACCACCCCAGAUUCUCCCAGAGCUGCUGGGGAGUAGGGGUAGGCCCUGACCCCUCCCCCAGGCUACCCUAUCCUCGCCUCCCUCCCCUCAGCUGGGGGGAAGGGAAGUACCAAGAAGGGGAAGUUGCCCGUCCCCAUUUGCUUCAGGGCUGCUGUCUGAGCAUUGGGCUCUGGCCUCUCAGCUAUGGACACCCAAGAAACACCUUUGAAGGAUGGGCUUCUCUACCAGCAACAUGCGAAAUUUGGCAAGAAAUCCUGGCGGAAGGUGUGGGCCUUCCUUUAUGCUGAUGGCCCUUCAGGAGUAGCUCGACUGGAAAGCUGGGACGUAAGAGAUGGUGGGGGCGGGCCAGCAGGGGACAAACCCAGUGGACGUCGGGGUGAGCGGCGAGUGAUACGGCUGGCCGACUGUGUUUCCGUGCUGCCAGCCGAAGGGGAGAGCUGCCCUCGGGACACCACCGCCUUCCUACUCAUGACCACUGAACGCAGCCACGUGCUUGCCGCCCAGGACCGGCACACAUGGAUGGCUCACAUCUGUCACCUGGCAUUUCCGAGCAUGAAUGGUAUCUCCUCCGGGUCUGGAGAGUUUGGACCUGCCCUGCCUGGCCUGGUCCCCAUGGAGGAAAAUUCCAUCUAUUCAUCAUGGCAGGAAAUGGGGGAGUUCUCAGUGGUGGUCCAGAAGACAGAGGCGGCCACCCGCUGUCAACUGAAAGGACCUUACCUCCUGGUGACUGGUCAGGAUGGCAUCUACCUGAGUGAGCCCACCGCCCCGCAGCCCCUCUUUGUCUGGCCCUAUCACUUCCUGCGCAAGUUUGGCUCUGACAAGGGUGUGUUCUCUUUCGAGGCUGGUCGUCGAUGUGACUCUGGGGAGGGCCUCUUUGCCUUCAGCUGCCCCCGGGCCUCGGAGAUCUGUAGCGCAGUGGGGGCAGCUAUCAUCGCCCAUCAGAGAGAGCAUCGUACAGAGCUGCCUGGGCCUGCUGCCUCCCGGCCCUGCCCCUUGUCCCGGGCCUCCUCUCUGCCCUCCUUAGAGCCCAUGGGAGAGUUGCGAGAGGCACCUCUUGGAUUAGAGGCCUGGGGAGGCCAACCAUCAAAUGGAAAGACCCGGCUGGUCCUGGAGGCGGGUCCCCAGAGCCUGCCCCCCUGCCUGGGGACUUCACUGCCAGAUGGGCCCUCCUUGUCUGGCCCUUCAGGUUCUGCACUCUAUGCCUCCAUCUCUAAGUGGUCCAGCGGUCUUCCCCGCACUGCUCCGGACACAGCCUCAGCUCUGACUCCAGCCCCUGCAUCCAAACCUGUGGCCGAGCACCUGUAUGAAAACCUCUGCACCUCUGAGGAUGGCACUGAGUCGAAGGGGGAGAGCCUGCUUCAGGCGUCUCAUGGGGGCCACCUGGACUACCACAUCUAUGACAACAAUCUGAGCUGGCCCGGGCCCCACACCACUACAGAGAAUAGCCUGGAGGCUCAGUACCGAAGGUUACUUGAGUUGGACCUGAAUGAGGAAGGGGCAGAGGAGGCCGAGGACAAUGGGCCAGGGCGCCUCUUGGGUCACUCGGGCUUCAAGGCCAAGCUUGUGACCCUGCUGAGCAGGGAGCGGAAGAAGGGCCCAGCCCAAAGGAACCAGGGACUGGGGCCAGCAGAGGGACAAGCCUGAGAGGAUACCCCAUGCCUACGCUGGGCACUAGCCUCCCAGCUCUUUGCAGCAUCCCUUCACCCCUCAGAUCAUGGACAGUGUAUAGAAGCUUCUUAAUAAAGGCUUUUAGCCCCUAC